AUGACAACAGAUAUGAUAGAGAGCAAUAAUACCAAACCCAGCGUUCCCCUCCUGACCCAAAGAUACCUCAGAAUGGUGACCAAGGAUGGACACAGCACGUUCCAGAUGGAUGGUGCCCAAGGGAAAGGUCUAGCAUACCUUCGAGAUGCAUGGGGAAUAUUAAUAGACAUGCGCUGGAGAUGGAUGAUGCUUGUCUUUUCUGCCUCUUUUGUCAUUCACUGGCUAGUCUUUGCAGUGCUUUGGUAUUUACUAGCUGAGAUGAAUGGGGACCUGGAGCUGGACCAUGAUGCUCCACCUGACAACCACACUAUAUGUGUCAAGUACAUCACCAGUUUUACAGCUGCUUUUUCCUUCUCACUGGAGACACAACUCACAAUUGGUUACGGCACUAUGUUCCCAAGCGGGGACUGCCCCAGUGCUAUUGCACUACUUGCAAUACAGAUGGUCCUGGGGCUUAUGCUGGAAGCCUUCAUCACAGGUGCUUUUGUGGCCAAGAUUGCUCGACCAAAGAACCGGGCAUUCUCCAUCCGCUUCACCCGCUCUGCUGUGGUGACACACACUGAGGGGAAGCCAUACCUUAUGUUCCAGGUGGCUAACACACGCUCCAGCCCACUGACUAGUGUCCAGAUUUCUGCUAUACUUUACCAAGAACAAAAGAAUGGGCAGCUGCACCAAACUAGUGUUGACUUCCACCUAGACAGCGUUACUUCAGAUGAGUGUCCUUUUUUCAUCUUCCCACUGACCUACUACCAUUCAGUCACUCCCUCCAGCCCCCUGGCUGCCCUCCUCCAAAGAGAAGCUCCUCACCACUUUGAGCUGGUCAUCUUUCUGUCAGCUGUGCAGGAGGGCACAGGGGAAAUGUGUCAAAGGAGAACAUCCUACCUCCCCUCAGAGAUCAUGCUGUACCAUCGCUUCGCCUCUGUGCUAGCCCGCAAUGCCAAAGGUGAGUAUCAGAUCAAGAUGGAAAAUUUUGACAAGACUAUUCCUGAGCUUCAAGCUGCAGCUGACUCAAAUUGUCCAAGAAGGACUGACAAGGAGAUCCGCAUCAAUGGACAGCACGUCGACAGCUUCCAGCUCUCCCAGGCUGGCCUCACAGAAUAG